GUGAAGUUCUCACAGCUAAAUUAAAAUACCCUCUUCACAUUUGUUAACCAAGCCAAAGAAAGAGAUUAUUAGAUGGCAGAUACAGUGGUGAACUUUCUGGUAGAGAAUUUGUUGCAACUAUUAAGCGAAAAUGUGUUGUUAAUUAAAGGCGUAGAUGAUGAAUUCAACAAUUUGUUAGAAGAAGUACAACGCUUGAAAGCGUUUCUUGACGAUGCUUCGAAAUAUCACAGUGAUAGCAAACAAUGGGAUCAAUUAGUGAAGGAUAUUCAAAAAACUGUACAUAAAGCUGAAGAUGUCAUUGAUAAAUUUCUAGUUCAGUCGAAGCAGCAUCGAGAAAAGAAUAAAGUUGGAAGAUUUUUUGAUAAAGUUAGUCAUAUUGCUACUGUUAGGGAUCUUGCAGCUGAGAUUAAAGGGAUCCAUGAUAAGGUGAAAAAAUUAAGAGAAAACAAUCAACAAGCUUUUCAGCCUAGACCAGUUCUUGAGCUCCCUAAAAAAGGUGUCCACGAGCAGGGUCCUUCUUUGGAGGAUGAUGAAGUGGUGGGGUUUGAUGAGGAAGCUAACAAAGUGAUCAAACGACUUGUUGAAGGACCGGCGGAAAGUCUGGAUAUUAUCCCAGUGGUGGGUAUGCCCGGACUUGGAAAAACUACAUUGGCAAGAAAAAUCUAUAAUGAUUCUAAGCUUUCAUAUGAAUUUUUCAGCAUCCCUUGGGUUUACGUCGGUCAGGAAUACAAAAUAAAGGAUAUUUAUCUUAGGAUUCUCAAAUUCUUCAAAAAAAGCAUAGAAGAUCAUCUCAAUGAUGAUGUGGACACAUUAGCUAAGUUAAUAAGUAAUUUUAUGAAUAAAGGAGGAAGAUGUCUCAUUGUUUUAGAUGAUGUGUGGGUAGCAGAAGUCAUUGAUGACGUAAAGAAAGUAUUCACAGAAAACAAAAAGGGGCAUCGAAUCAUGAUGACCACACGUGACAGAUAUCUAGCAACUUAUGCCAAUCCAGAACCUCAUGAUCUGAAAUUCUUGAAUGGAAAAGAAAGUUUUGAACUGUUGGAAAAGAGAGUUUUUGGCAAGGGAGGUUGUCCUGAUGAAUUAGUUGAACUUGGAAAAAAAAUUGCAGGAAGCUGUGGCGGAGUACCACUUGCAGUAGUGGUAAUUGCAGGAGCAUUGAGAGGUCGUCCGAAUACAAAUGAUUGGGUGAGAGUUCAGAAAAAUGUGGCAGAACAUCUUUAUAAAAAUACUCAAAAGGGCUGCUUGAAAUUUGUAGAGAUGAGUUACAAUCGUUUGCCUCAAGAAGUGCAAACGUGCUUUUUAUAUUGUGGUGUCUUUCCUCGAGGCUUUGAUAUCCCUUGUUGGAAAUUGAUUCGUUUGUGGAUAGCGGAAGGGUUAAUAAAGACUCAACAGACAUACACUCUUGAGGAGAUUGCUGAGUUCUAUUUGAAUGAUCUUGUCAAUAGAAAUCUAGUGAUAUUGAUGCAAAAGAAAUCUGAUGGUCAAAUAAAAAUAUGUCGUCUUCACGACAUGCUGCAUGAGUUCUGCAGAACAGAGGCUAGUAACAAAUGGCUCUUUCAGCAAAUGCAUCUAACAACUGAUCAAGCUAUUCCUUCCAUUCAAGACAAAGAUACUUGUCGUCGGUUGUGUAUUCAACCCUCUAUUCUGAAUAAGUUUCUCCUUGAUAAACCUAUUGCAGAACAUGUCAGAUCUUUCUAUUGCUUUUCCUCAGAACAAAAGCAAAUCAACUUGUCUCCUAAUGACGUAAAACACAUCCACAAAGCAUUUACACUUAUCAGAGUCUUGGAUGUUGAACCCAUCAAAUUUCUUUUCUCCAAAGAUUUUAACCAGUUAUAUCAUUUGAGAUAUGUUGCCAUCUCAGGUGACUUCAAGUCCCUUCCUCAGUUCUUUAGUAAAUUUUGGAAUUUACAAACUCUAAUUAUCAAUACAAGUAGCUCAGAGUCCACCCUUGAUGUAAAAGCAGACAUAUGGAACUUGUUACAGUUAAGGCAUCUCCACACCAACAUACCUGCAAAAUUACCACCACCUGCUACCACGACCGGUAAAACUUCUUGUCUACAAACUCUUUCUAUGGUUGCACCAGAAAGUUGCAAGAAAGAUGUGCUAGCAAAGGCUUGUCAUCUGAAAAAAUUGAGCAUUCGAGGGCAAAUGGCAGCUUUUCUUGAAUCCAAAGGUGGAAGUGGAAUCAGCAAUCUUGAAGAGCUCAAGUGCCUGGAACAUUUGAAGCUGUUAAAUGAUGUUCUUGACUUGAAUAAACCGCUCCACCUUCCUGCAGCAUUUUUCAGACUCGUACGAACAGUGAAGAAGUUAACUUUGGCAAACACAAGGUUUUCUUGGAGAGAUGCGAAUAGAUUGGCACAGUUGGAAUCCCUGGAAGUCCUAAAGUUGAUAGAAAAUGCAUUCAUAGGUGAGUCUUGGCAGCCAGAGAUAGGAGGUUUUAGCGCGCUCCAGGUGUUGUGGAUUGAAAGGUCGGAAUUAGAAUCUUGGAAGGCAUCAAGUCGUAAUUUCCCAAUACUUCGCCACCUUGUUCUUAUCUGCUGUGAUAACCUCAAGGGUGUGCCACUUGGGUUGGCUGAUAUACAUAACUUUCAAGAGAUGAGACUGGACAAUUCAAGCAAAACAGCAGUCAUAUCUGCAAAAGAGAUAAAAAGCAAGAAACCAAAAUUCAACCUCACCAUUUUCCCUCCUGAAACUGAUUCCAAGGACACAGAGUGAGUGAAUUUUGAAAGGAGAGGAUCGACACAUUGAUCUUGUUGGGAGUUCAUGUAUAUGGACUGUUUUUUUUUUCCAGUUGUAUAUUUGUUUGCAUGUUUAUUCUGUUUUUGUGUAUUUGCUUUGUUUCAUUUUUCUGAAAGUGUUACUUUCAUGUGUCAUUGUUGUAUGAUUUUACUUAGUCUUUGUUUGAAUGUUAUGCUGAA